AUGACUGAAACAAAGAGAAAAGUAAUUUCAUCAAGGGAUAUUACAAGUUCAGCCUAUUCGCCUGGAGUUCCUGAAAACAUCAGUGAGUUUGCCUGGGAUGACAAGUCUCUAACAUUACGUGAACUGAUUGUUAAAUAUCAUUUACCGCUGACUGUGAAGCUUAAAGCCAGUGAAAUGAGAAAGUGUAUUCCAGACUCCGCUGAUAGUAAAUGUACGUGCAAAGACUCGAACUCAGCAGCAAGUUCAAAGAUUGUCCAUAGCUGUUCAUCAAGGGGUGCUGGUGAAAUUAACUUUACUACCCGUCUAGAUUCGACGUCAACAUCUUUAAGGAAAUUAUUUGAGAUCAGCGAUGCAGUCGGAGGGAAAAAUAAACACAACGACUGGGUCUUGCAGAUUCACGAGGUUACGAGGAAAAAGAUCAUGUUGGCCAGAAAGAUGACAUGGGACAAACGUCAGAAUGAUUAUGUUGUCACAGGAGGGCAGAUGGAAAUACCCGCAUCUAUAAAAGGAUGGGUGGAAGUUUUGCCAGAAAACGGAAGACCGGUGGAAUACUACGAUACUAUCGAUGGCAUAGCCAGCCUGAACCCCAGAAGAUUUCUUGUUCGAACAUCCACUGUGGGCUACCAGCUAACCACAGACGACGGCGGUAACUGCUGCUGGAUGCCAUCGGAAAUCAAACCAGGGGAAAUCCUGACCGCGGGAAUCAUCUACGUGGAUAGCAAAAAGACCAAAUCUUCACAGAAAGGCUUCUUGAAGAAGCUCUGGAAACAUGAGCAUGCUAAGAAAGAAGAAGAUGUGAAGUAUCUGCAGUGCUUUGACCCCUCGGGAUCUGAGAUAAUGAUACCUCUUUUCAUGUCUGGAGUGUUCAGCCCUAUAGGAGACUCGUCGUUUGCUAAUUACGAUGCUGUCUAUGAAUUUAAGGAUCUGAUUAUGGCGUUUGGGCUUCCGGUGAACGUGCAACUUGUUCAUGUCAAUGCUACAGAAAGCAUUCAGUGCCCAAAAGGGGUGAUACGACUUUACGGUAUUCGUGAAGAAGAGGUGGUCGUUGCGUCGAAGGUGAGACAUGAUGGUGAUCUGUUAAAAAAUAACUUGGAUGAGAAAUUUGAAUUGCCCCUUGACACUCAGAUGGAAUUUUCUCGUGGGAUCAUGAGGAAGAAAACAAGUAAGCUUCGAAAGGCAGUAAAUGGGCAAAUUUCUCCUGAUGAACAUACGCAUUUAGCUAAACCUCUAGCAGAAGAAUGUAAGAUGAAAACAAUAGAAAAUAGUCCAAACGCGCCCGUGAAGAAAGUCGCUGAGAUAUCAGACCAGCGGGCAUCAAUGGUAGUUAAGGAAACAGUGAAAUGUCUCACUGCCGAGUCACCUCUACGCAAGCAGCAGGCUGAGUUGAAUCAUAACGAUAUCACUACUCCAACACAAACUGUCAACAAUCAUAAACUUGAAUCGGAUUAUACGACUCGAGAGUUGCAUACACCUUUCACUCAUUCUGAUUGCACCCGUUCUUCAGAGCAUUCAGCUACGAGAGACGUAGAGUUGCCAGAAAAGGCAGCUAAAGAACCGAAGUCUCGAAAUAGUAAUAUCUUAGAAAAAUUAAGUGUUAGAAAAGUUAAAAAAGUAAGGGCCAAGUUAAAGGAGUUGCGGAGCGAAGACGUGUUUUCUAAACGUCUUUCAAGAAGCGAACUCACUUACAGUGAUUUCUACAAAGAUCUUGAAAACGAGAGAAAAAUACGUAGAAAUAGUGAACAUAGGAUAUCCAUGCAAGACAACUGCAGACCUGGCAGUAGAGAGGAUACUUACCAUACGGGUUCUUUAAAUAAUGAGCUCGAUGAAUAUCCUACAGGCAAAAUCUGCGCUUCCCCAAAAACUAGUUCAGUGUAUGUAAGUAACACAUACUUGUUAAAACAACGAAGAGCUAGUAUGCAGAAACGAGAACUACCUCCCGUUCCGAUAGACUCUGACAUUUCUAAUCUUGCUUUGCCAAGCGACAGCACAAACUUGUCAAAAGAGUCAGAAUAUGAACAUUUGCCACAAGCACCACAACUUCCACAUUUCCGCAGAGCCAGCGACUCUGCAGUUUUGGAUAGUAAGUACUAUACCGGAGAAGACACAGAUGAUGAUUAUAUGUUACCUGUACAAAUGCAGCAAGAAUCAAGAUAUGCGAAACGUUCAGAUUUUCAAGCCCAUCACAGAUCACCAGGACUUGCAACGCCGAACGUUCCAGCGAAAGGAAUGUGGUCUAGAGAUGCUUACAAAGAACGAUCAGGUGAUUCUCCGCUCAGAGGAGACAGCCUUGACAGAAGGUGUUCACUGGACAACGAUGAUGUUUUCAAAUUUACGUACAGUCCCACACAAAAGCAACACAAACUCCAGGUAGGCGCAGAAGCAAGGCCAUCAAUCAGUUCUAGGCAAGCCUCUGGAAUUGCUCAAAUGGCCGAGUGGACACGAAAAUUGUCAGACAACCAUCCACAUUUUGAACAAACUUUCUUAGACAACCUCAACAUGGAGACCAGAAGCCAAAAUUAUGCGUCUAGGGACACACCCAGGUUUUCUAAACAUACAAUCAUCAAUCCAAAUGCUACUAUUCGUUCCCACAACCUCAGAAAUAUCUUUCCAAAUGUAAAAGACGUCUUCUCUCUGUAUGACAACCAACAUAAACGACACAUGUUUGAUAAUUCUCACGUCAACCACAUGCAGAACUGCUCUUCCCAACAACGUAUUUGCUCGUGCAGCUCUUGUCCUCAGAUGUUUGUCAAUCCUUCUACAGACAACACAGCGCCACAGCCAUGCCACCAUCACUUCCACAACCUGUGUGACAACAAUUAUGGAAUCCAUUACCCCGAAACGGACGCAAACGUCCAACCGAAGAACGGCACUUAUUUCUUUAGCGAUUUUAGAGACUCCUAUAAUCAGGGCGAUGAUUCCGCUAUUUCAGCUUGUUCGAGAGGAGACAUACGCUACAUCAACGACGGUGAGUACAACAGCAAUGAUUUUGGAGAACAUACACAAGACAGUGAUGAUGGAUGGAUGCCUCCAAAUCAGAUCGAAGGGCUCAGCGUUCAGGAAGUAUCCAAAUCGUUGCGAUAUAUAGGUAUGAAGGACAGAGUUGUGCUUCGGCUUUCACAAGAGCAGAUAGAUGGAAGCAUGCUGUGUACCCUGGAUGAGAAAUUAUUGAAAGACGGGUUCCCGGAACUAAAUGCACUUGAGGUGAAGAAGAUAUUAGAUUUUAUACAAGGUUGGAGGCCAAAGAAGAGUUGA